AUGAAUUUAUUUCAAUUAAAAAGAGAACAUUUAAAAGAUAUUGUUAGAACAACAACAGAUUCAUUUUUAACAGAUCCUUAUUUCAAUUUUAUGUUUUACGAAUUAAAUGAAGCAGAAAAACAUGAAUUUAUUGCAAAUAUGGAAGAGGCAUUUGUAGAUCAAGUGGUCGAUUUUAAUGAAUGCUAUGCAUUAGACGAGUCAUUGUCAUCAGUAGCAUUAAUAUUACCACCCAUUGUUGGAUACCCAGAGGAGAAAUGGGACAAAUUCACAGAUAGACAAAGCGAAUUACUAAAAGAAAAAGGCUAUGAUAUAACAUUUGAAAGAAUAUUAAAAUUAGAAGAUUUUAUUUCUAUAAAGUUUGAAGAGUAUGAUGCAAUCAAUUCAUAUUAUUUAAUUACAUUAUCCACUGAUAAGAACUACAGAAACCAAGGUUUAGCAUCAAAAUUACUAAAAGAGUUAUUUAAAAAGUUUGAUAGAGAGGAAAGGAAGUGUUACAUCGAAUGUACAAACGAUAUAAAUAUUCAGUUUUAUAAGAAGCACGAUUUUAUUAUUUUAGGUAGUUUCAAAUUACCAAGUGUUGGUGAUGUACCAUCAGAUGAAAUACCAACAAUUACAUUUAUGGAAAGAAUACCCAAACCAAUUAAUUAA